AUGCGUGGAUCAUUAAUAUCUGCUCCAUAUUUGCAUUAUCUAGUCAAAAAUAAAUCCAGAAUAAAAAUUGUCAAUGUAAUAAUGACAGAUCACCAUCAUAACAAAGAGGAAAACAAUAAAUUUGCUCAUGCUCACAGAAUUACUCUGGAUUAAUCAACACUCAAUUUGAUCGAUAUUACUGCAACUCCCAUACCAGUAGCUCGUAAAUUACCAACCCAAAAGACUUUUGAGAAAUAUAUUUAGGAGAAUUAAUAUGAUCAUCUGACUCCAAUUGUAUUUUUUGAUGAGCAUAUUCAUUUCGCUGCUAGAGCUUGGUUUACAUUUAGAUAUUUUGGAUUCAAAAGGGUUUAUGUCUUAGAUGGCGGAUUUAACAAAUGGCACCAUCAACAUGACUUUGAUAAAAAUGAUAGCAAAGUUUAUGAGGAUUUGAAUUUGUAGGAUCAACCAAAGGAUUAAGUUACUUCUCUAUCAACAAAGGAUGUAUCUGUGAUUUCCUAUCUCAAACAACACAAGGACGCAAAAGGUGAGGAUUGGCUACUUUUGGAUGCCAGAGAUCCACCAAGAUUUAAAAAGGGAUCUAUUCCUGGAUCUUAUAAUUUACCUUAUUCAGAAUACUUGAAUGAUGAUCACACUAUGAAAUCUACAGAAAAUUUACAAAAGUUAUACAAAAAUCAUUAAAUUGAUAUUUCAAAGAAAAUCGUUAACACUUGUCAAACUGGAAAAUUAAGUUGCAUCGCACUGUUGGCAUAAGAAAUUCUUAAGAAAAAAGAAUUACUUUUAUUCGAUGGGUCUUAUGAAGAAUGGAAUCAUGAACACCCAAUGAAAUAAUGAAGCAUACAUUUAUAUCUAUAUUUAAUAAUAUCCAUAAUC